GACGCAGGCUGCAAAGUGACAUGGGCAUUUCAAGGAAAAAUAUAGCCUACAAUGCAUCACGUUUUGAUUUGCAUCUCUGCUUUCCUUCUUGUCCAUUCUUGUCCAUUCUGUUCCUAGAGCGAAACACAGUUUCCAUUUGCACAUCACACAUGCUAUACAGUAGCCGACUUCUACUACAGACGCAGGCUACGUUGGAUGAACCCAAGGUCAGUGAAUCUGGCAUGCCUUGCUCUCAGAAGAAAAAUACAUAUAUUUCGGGAUGUCACUAUAAAACGUUAAAGGAGACCAUGGUGAAGAAACCGUACCUAACAUGUGUGUAAAUGUUAGUCUACGAACGCCAAAUCUUCUGGCAAGACUAUAUUGUCUGGAAUGCACACGUUUUGUGUGUGAGCUCUCAGCAGGGUCUGCUUCAUUCUCACCACCGGAUAGAAGGUCGACCGAUAGAGCGAUGCGCUCCACAGUGAAUGGGACCAUAUGAACAUGGAGGUGUGACUCGGAUCGUCUAUUGAUGGGUGCUGGAACACCUCCUGCUGUGAUGACUGGACUGCGCUAAAACCAAGAGGCCAAACCCACCCACUUGAUGUAGGCCUACUGUCAGGAGGGGAAGUCUAUAUAAACCCUGACAAUUGUUAUUUCAAGGUUAGCACAAACUGGAUCCUUGUAUCUUGGUUUUACAAUUGAAAGGGAUUAUAUUUGCAUAACAAGUCAAUAAUCAUGUCUCACAGCUGGGGAUAUGGACCAUCUGAUGGACCUGAGAAGUGGUGUGAUGGCUUUCCUGUUGCUAAUGGACCCAGGCAGUCUCCUAUUGAUAUCAUUCCUGGUCAAACCUCCUACGAUUCUACCUUGAAGCCCCUCAAACUGAACUAUGACCCAUCCAACUCCACAGACAUUCUGAACAAUGGCCAUUCCUUCCAAGUUGGCUUUGUGGAUGAUGUUGACAGUUCAACACUGACCGGAGGCCCCAUCACCGGCAUAUACAGGCUGAAGCAGUUCCACUUCCACUGGGGCGCCAGUGACGACAGGGGCUCAGAGCACACCGUCAAUGGAAUCAAGUUCCCCUGUGAGCUCCAUCUGGUGCACUGGAACACCAAGUACCCUAGCUUUGGUGAGGCCGCUAGUGAACCCGAUGGACUCGCUGUGGUUGGAGUGUUUCUGAAGAUUGGUGCUGCAAACCCCAGACUGCAGAAGGUUCUCGAUGCUCUGGGGGCCAUCAAAUCAAAGGGAAAGCAAACUACAUUUUCCAACUUUGAUGCCAAAACUCUGUUGCCUUGCUCACUGGACUACUGGACAUAUGAUGGCUCCCUGACCACUCCCCCUCUGCUGGAGAGUGUCACCUGGAUCGUCCUGAAGGAACCGAUCAGUGUCAGCCCUACCCAGAUGGGUAAAUUCCGCAGUUUAAUGUUCAGUGGUGAUGGAGAGGCACCUUGCUGCAUGCAGGACAACUACCGGCCCCCUCAGCCUCUCAAGGGACGCAAGGUCCGCCGGUCCUUCAAGUAAACAGCUAUGCAUCACGCCAUCCCCCAUCCCACCAUUGCCGAUCCCCAACCUUUCCCCUAGAUUAUAUAUACGUAUAUUGUGUGCCAUUUUAUAUGCAUUGCUAUCAGAAUCUGCAGAUUGUUAAUCCUAUAGACAAUACAAUCAGUAAUCAGAAAACAGAAAGGAAACCUAAACCUAAACCAAUGCAGUUUAAUAACAAGAGCCAGUGUAGAUGAGAUUAUUGCGCCGAUAUGGAUGGACAGCACUUUAUACGCCUGGCCUGCCUGCCCCUCCUGUAAUCCCUGACGAUAAACCUCAGGAUCACCCCAGAUUAACAUCAUUUAGCUGCCUGUCACUGCAAUAACAGACGACUGACUCAGUCAGUCAGCCAGUCACAGAUAGAGGCCUUUUAUAGUAUAAUACUACUGGGCUUCUACUCUCAAUAAGCACAAGGAGAGAUGGAAUCUUGAAUUACAUGCCUUCCAUUUUUGGAUUGUGUCUCUAAAUCGUCAUCAGUGUUUUUACUUUAGAUUACAGGUCAAUACUGAAAAGAAGAGAUCCAAUUCAAGUGAUUCUUUUUUUUAACGACUCAUAACUUACUACCUACCCCAGUGCAUUAACAUUGUGUCUUAAAAUCAUGAGAGUGAAAGAAGAUGUUGUGUGAGAUGUCAUAUCAUCCAAGUCCAUCCAUUGAAAUGAAAUCACUGACUGAGGGACUAGAGUAAUGUGUGUUUUAGUUUUUUUUAAAUAAAUGUUAUAUUGAAAAAUUCAAUCUUGAAGUAUGUUUUAAAUGUUUUUGGAAAUACCUGGAAUGAUUUUUAAGCCUUGCGUAUAAUUAUUGUUAAAAUGGGAAUGGAAGGUUUGUGUGAUUCGUUCAUGUCAAAUUUGAUGGAAGGGAAUUUGAUCAGUGAAAUAAAUGGCAUAACUGUACCUA